AUGAUGAUGGACUACGACUACCUCCAGCAGCGGCUGCAGCUGCGCGUGGACCUCCUGGAGAAGCGGCUCGUCGGCGUCUCGGAGCUCAUCCUCGCGCCCAAGGCGAGCGACCUCAGCCGCGUCCGCGUGCACUGCCGGCAGAUGAAGGUGGCCCGCGUGACCGUCAACGGCCUCGACGCGCGCUUUGAGCAGCUGGACUUUCUCUCGGAGAUCGUGCACGAGAGCUACCGCGACUGGGCCUCGUACGACCUCUUCUACCGUGGUGCGAUCGUGGCCUCCAAGGAAGGGACGCUGGUCAUCGAGCUCCCAGGCCCGAUCGAGCGCACGAACGGCCAAGCGCCGAGCGCGUCGCAGGCGUCGUCGGCCGACGACAAUGACAACGGAACCGACGACGACAGCAAGCACGCCAAGGACAAUGCGUUCUGGGACUUGGACACGAUUCCAUCGAGCCAGACCGGGUACGAGCCGCUCUGUAUCCGGGUCGAGUACGUCCUGGACAACCCGCGUGGCGGCGUCCGCUUCCUCCUUCCGGACGCCGACCACCCGAACCGAUCGCCUCACAUGUACACGUACUGCGGGCCCUUUGGCGGCCUCUGCGACGGCGCGCGCAUGUGGAUGCCCUGCCGCGACUCGCUCAAGGACACGUGCACCUUCCGCAUCGAGCUCAUCGUGCCAUCCUACUGCGUCGCGAUCUGCAGCGGUCGGCUCGUGGACCAGUCGCUCGACGAGUCGUACCGGUCGUUCCGGUACGUCGUCAACACCAAGACCAACUGCUCCAUGAUCGGCUUCGCGGUCGGGCCGUUCCGCAUGUACAUCCCGGAGGCGAUGCCCCGCAUGACGUACUUUUGUCUCCCGGAAGUCUACGAGGACCUCGUGCACACGACAUCGAGCGUGCAUCUCUCCAAGUCGAACAAGGAGUCGACGGCGCACCAACCGUACCCGACCACGUCGAUCCUCGCGUUUUACGAAGGCUACCUUAACGCGCGGUACCCGUUCGAGACGUACCAGCAAGUGUACGUCGAGGACCCGCCGGACGAGGUCCAGUACUACGCCGGCGCGUCGGUCCUCGACCAGCGCUCGCUCUACGGGCCGACCAUCAUUGACCGCAAGCUGCCGUCGCACCUUCUUCAAGCCAAGGCGUUCGUCGGAAGCUGGAUCGCCGGUGCGAUUGGCAUCCAGACGACAAAAGACGCAUGGGUGCUCGUUGGCGUCGUCGGCCACCUCGUGAACGCGUAUGUCAAGGUUGUCUUUGGCGAGGAAGAGUAUGGGUACCGCAUCCAGCUGGCGAUGGACGCGCUCACGACGAUCGAGCUCACGUCCGAUGACGCGCCGACGCUCAUCUACCCGGACGUCGACGUCUAUGGCGAGUACGACCCGUCGUACGUGCCGUUCCUCGAAGCCAAGGGCCCGCUGAUUUUGCACAUGAUUGAGCAGCGCGUGGGCCAGAAACAUUUGCAAAUCUCGCUCCAGCGCAUCGUCGCAGGCUCGGUGCCGACCGAGAGCUACGGCAAGCAACCGUCGGGCAACAGUAGCAAAACCAAGCAGCAGCAGGACGACGAUGACAAGGACAAGGAAAACGACGACGACGGCGACGACGGCGACGACGGCAACACGUCCGUCAUCAACACGCUCUCGACGUGGUCGCUCCUGAGCAUCGUCAAGAGCAUUGCGGGGGCGUCGGGGCAGGAUCUGUGCCGGCUCUUUCUCCAGACGUGGAUCGUGCACGGUGGCCUGCCCUUCUUUAGCGUCGGUUUUUGGUACAACCGCAAGCAGACCCAGGCCGAGGUCGUCCUCGAGCAGACGCUUCUGCCCGGGUGUGAAAAGUACACGGGCAACAUCAAGAUUACGAUCGUCGAAGAGCAGAGCGAGUAUGUGCACCACAAGCGCAUCGAGUCGCUGCGGCACAAAUGGGAGUUUCCGUGCCACUCGAAGGUGCGCAAGAAGCGCCGUACGCGCCAGAAGCUCGACCAGAGCGACGACGACUACUCAUCGCAGAUCUCGGGCGCGGGCAUGGGGCUCAACGACACGCCGGUCUACUGGGUCAAGAUCGACCCCGAGUGCGGCUGGCUCCGGCACAUUGUCAUGUACCAACCCGACUUUAACUGGAUGGAGCAGCUGCUCAGUGACUCCAAGUGUGUCCGGUCGCGCGUCCACGCGGCCCGCGCCCUCGCGCUCUACCCGCUCGCGCACGAAAAGUCCCACGUCAUGGCGUGCCGCGUGCUCACCGAGUGCAUGCAUGGGCUCACGACCCACUCGCGCCGGCUCCGCGCCGAGGCAGCGAUCGCACUCGGACUCUGGCAGUCGCUGCACGCGCCCAUGACCAACGCGCGCACGGACCUGCCCGACUGGAAGGGCAUGCACAACCUCGUGCGCAUCUUCAAGGAACACUUUUUUGACCGGAACGCCGACAUGCCGCUGCCCAACUACUUUUUACCGUCGGGCGGCAAGGUCAUCUUGGAGUCGGUGGGCGAGGAGCAGUCGACGACGAGCCGCGACAUUCAGAUCCAAGACUAUGCCGAGGGCGAGUACGAGAUCAAGAAGGCGAUUCCGAAAGCGCUCGCGGUCGUCCGGUCGCGCACGGGUUUCUCACCGCCCGAGAUUGAAACCUUUUUGCUGCAGCUGCUCAUGCAGAACGACAACUCGAAAAACUAUGUCGAAAUGGCCGACGAAAGCUCGGUCGCCGACGACUGCUUUUACGUGGGCAGUCUCAUCCUCGCGUUGUCCGUGCUCGUCCUUGAGAACCGCAGCUUGGGCAAGAAGGAGACGGCGACCGAGAUCCUCCGCCUCUUGCACUACGACGACGUCCGUCCGAGCUACGGCCACACGAUCACGAUUUGCUGUCUCGAGGCGCUCUGCAACCUCCAGCUCACGGGCCGCCUGUCCGACGAGAGCGCGGUGCCGUACCACCGGUACGCGUCGCCCAAGUACCCGGCCAUGGUGCGCAAGGCCGCGAUCGAGAGCAUCUUGCGGCUCUACUUUGCCGAAGACCCGCGCGACGAGGCAGCCUCCAAGAAGACACGGCCGUUUGGCCCCGUGGCUGCGAUUUCGUACGCGCUGCGGCUCGUCGAGUCGGAGAGUUCGCCGAGCAUUCGCCGCUUUGCCGUCCAAGUGUGUCUCAACUGCAUCCGCGGCUUCCCGCCGAGCGCCGCGGCGCAAGUGCUGGCGACGUGGGACCACGCGUACACGCUCGGUAUUAUGCACGCGAUCCAGAUGGAGCACCAUGGUGCGUUUCUGCAAAAGAGCCCGACCAAAGAGUCGAUUGCGAGCACGUUUACGCCGCCGUCGCUCUCGUCGCUGCGCGAAGACAGCUUGGCGACGCGCGCGGCCACCGAGCUUUUCUGGUCGAUCAUGAACACGACCGCGAGCACGGACCAGCCGCUCCGCGUCUCCCUCGCUUUGCUCUACCGCAAAAUCUGGGGCGACGCGACGCCGAUCUGCCUCGCCCACUCGGUGCAGGAAAAACCGGCCAACUGGGCCGGCGGCUACGAGUCGCUACGCAAGCUCAUCGAAGAGAGCAAGUCCAACACCAAGUCGUCGUCGUCGGGGCACCCGAUGAAGUCAAAGCACCACAACGACGACCACAGCAAGAAGCGUCCGCCGAGCGGGUCGCCACCGCUGCCCGGUAUGGCAGGGCCCUUUGAUCAGCUCAAGGGCAAGAAGCUCAAGCUCAAGCUCGGCGAAACCGUGGUCAUGUCGCACAAGCUCUAA